AUGUGCACAAUUUCUCUCUCAUACCCUUUAUUGACUCUUGGCUUCCUCCAGACAUCCCUCAAACCCACCCAGGAAGGCUGGGGCAGAGGCCACAGCCACAAAGAAGAAGAGGUCCCGGCUCUUUUGUUCGUCCCGCAAGAAGGCCAAUCACACGGUGGACACUUGCCGCGCUCAACUGGACGAGUCGAGAAGAAGAAGAACAACAAGAAGAAGAAGAACAACAAGAAGAAGAAGAACAACAAGAAGAAGAAGAAGAACAACAAGAAGAAGAAGAAGAAGAACAAGAAGAAGAAGAAGAACAACAACAAGAAGAAGAAGACUGCCGACCAUAAGUUGGCAGAUAAGGUUUCUGAGAGCGUGUCGGCUAUGCAACUCGAUUAG